GUCGCUUUCAGAGGAGCAAGUACCAACAUGCCCGGAUUAUGGGACUUCCAAGUUGACUGUAGCAAUAAAUAAAAGUCGGAAAUUGAUCUUUAACCACAGAGGUGUCCGCCGGCACUGUAGUGACGAUGUGUUAUAAAACUGAACCGGUUUCUUGAUACAAUUACUUUCAACGGAAACAUUUAGUGUUUAACUAAACGGCACAAAUGAAGCCUUAUAUUCUGUAGGCGCACAUCGGUUAUGCGCGUUUGCGUAAAAUAUUUAAACGCUACGCGAAAACAGCAUUGGACGCUUCACCUUUCGUCAUUUCAUGCCAGCCUUACGUUGUUUUUGUACAUUUUUACACUUCACUCACCAUGAGCCAGUGUAAAAUCAUGAAGGAUGGUUAUUUAGAAAAGAGGAGCAAUGGACUUCUACAGCUGUGGAAGAAGAAGCGCUGCGUUUUGACCGAGGACGGAAUCUGUCUGUAUGACUGUAAAGGCGAUAAUGGAAAAGAGAUGCGCUUCGAACAGAUGAACACACUGGAUUGCGUGGAGUAUACGCGGGGUCUGGUGUACUUCACCAUCGUGAUGAGCGACGGUAAAGAGAUUGACUUCAGAUGCCAGCAGGAGGGAACGGCGUGGAACGCGGAGAUUGCGCUCGCGCUGGUGCGCUUCAAAAACCGCGUCGCCGUUCAGACCGGCAGGAACAGACAUAUGUCACAUCUGGGCAGCUGCGGGGAGGGAGAUGUCGAGCUUUGAGGCUCAGACCCAGACUGGACGAAAGAAGGACACAAAACCGAAGGCACCAAAUGGAAACCUUAUGUUAAGAAAUCACCUGAUGAAAGGUUUAUACUAAACUAAGCACGGUAGACCACGGAGAAGACUCGUUUCCUUUCUUUUGUACUUUCACCAUUUUUUAAAGUGAUACACACACCUUUUUGCGUGUAUACAGACAAAGUGGAUAGAAUUGUAGCCGUUGGUGUUAAUCACCGUGGAUAAGCUUUUGUACACAGUGGAGUGGCUUUACACGCACUUUUGUUGCUGAGGCCAAUGGCAGUAUUGAGAAACCCAUUGGAUUGCUCAUCGCCAUUAUUCAACACGUUAAUUUCACAAUGCCUGAGUGUCAUGCGUGGAUAUUGGUGAAGACGCAUUUACCUUGAACUAAAUGUACCAAAUGGAGGACACUGUUUUGGACUUACACAGUAUUAUAAAGCAUGAUGCUGCUUUAAGAGACAUUAACCAUAGAUGAAGUAUGACUCACGGCCGCUGUGCUGAACUGUUUAACAUUUCAUAAAGAGAAUCUGGUUUCAUUCAGUUCUUCGAGGUUUUUAACACAGCAGGAAGACCAGACCGCCGUUUUCUGGAAUGUAUCCCAUGGAUGGAUGGAAAACUGGGCGAUGCUGUUUUUACUUUAAACACAGUUUCUUUAUAUUCUCUAGCUUUUGUAACCCAGGCAGCUGCCAAAGUUGGAAAAUGACCUCCUGUUUCUUUAUAGGAAAUGAGUGUUUUUGAAUAGUACACAAAAACAUAUGAUGUCAUAAGGUACACUUUGUUCAAACAGAUGCUUGGUCAAAUAAGGCACAUUAGUGUGAUUUUCUCUUAAUGAAAUUGCAAACGCCCAGGGCAACAGCUGGAUGUUUGAAGCCCGGCGGCUAAUAAGAAGCCCAGGAGAAUAGUGUCUGCUUUACAUUCAUGUGUUAAGUGCAGCAGUUAUUUCCUCUCGUACCCGACUCUUAAACUCAAGUGCUUGUACGGCACAUGCCCGGACAAUGGCUUCACUGACUAAUAGCGUCCCGCCUGUUCUGUUUGAGAAAAGUUGUCAAACAGGGCUUUUUUACCGACUGAGUAGGUUUUGUUAUUGUGCUGUAAGUCUUACAUCUUAGCAUGCUCCUCGCAUACAGUAGGUGUGCAAUGGACGGUACACUCCUAAAAAACGGUUUGGGUUCUUCACAGAGAUGCCAUAGGAGAAACAUUUUUGGUUUCAAAAGAACCUUUAAUGUUUCCUUUUUAUUAUUUUUUAGUUUGUAGAUCCUUUUGUGCAAUAAAUAGCUUCGUUGGAUGUUAAAGGUUUUUUAAUAAAGAUCUUUAUUUUUUAAGUAUGUAUUCUGAAACAUACCGCAAUCAGUUUGUUUUCACACUACCAUAAAGUGCCGAAAUUCUUAAAAAUAAAGGUGCUUAGAAGGCUAUGCCAUAGAAGAACCAUUUUGUUUUUAGUUCUUCCAAGAACUAUUUCUUUCUUAAGCCACCUUUCCACUGAACACGACAAAUGACGGUUGAUAAUUUUCGUAUCCGUUGUGAGCAAGCAUUGGAUCCGUUAAAUCCGUAAGUUUGAACUUGUGCGACUACACCGCAUGCGAUACGUCGACCGGACGUGAUGUAUUUCAGUGUAUUCCAAUGAAAUGAGGUGAUUGAUAUAAAAUAACUUUAUAUCAGUAACAUUUGAACAAUUAAAAAAACUAUUAAUAUUAAUUUAAUAUGUAUACGUUAUUGUUUUUAUCUUGUCUCAAUAUGUUCUUUACAAAACAUUUGUCAUACUGUAUAUGCAUAGCAGUUUAUUGUUUCAUUGAUUUGCAUUCAUUUAUCUUUUCCACAAUGAUAAAUAUUAGAUUGAAACCAUUUGUGCUGGAAUGAGCUUCUCUCCCAUUACAAUUAAACUGAAUCUUCAUUACGGCUGCCACUAGAGGGCGAACUCCAACAGUCGUGUCCGAAUGUCGUGUACAUUAGUGGAAAGGCGGCUUUAUUCUUUAACAAUCUGAAGAGCCUUUUUCACCACAAAGAACCUUUUUGGAAAUGCAAAGGUUCUUCAGAUGUUAACGGUUCUUUUUGGAACCAUUUGGCCAAAUAUGGUUCUUCUAUGCCAUCGUGAAGCACCUUAAUUUUAAAGAAUGUAGAUGUAAAUAAAUUAACAGAUUUUGAUCUGCCACACACACACACAGUAGCGGUAGCAGUUCGUUAACAUCAGUAAGUUAGUUUGUUAUCGAGCACACAUUGUACACUUGCCGGUGUGGUCCCACCUCCAGGCGGAUUUAAUGCCCUGGGCUGUGCCUGUGGUGUUGCAAUAAUAGGGAGAUUGUGUGUAUUGGAAAACCCCGGAGCCUCGGCUACUGAGAAAGCUCUGUUUAAAAAGCCACAAUCAUGAGAUGACUCAGCAGCCUGGCAGCAAAACCUCACCAAGACUUUUUUCUUACAGCUUGACCUUACUAUAUUUGUAAAACGGUCUUGUUAUGUUGUGCAGUUUCAAAAUAAAGUGCUCUUGUGAAUGUC